GGUUUUUUUCAUUCACCUUGUACUUUAGAGCGUUGUACUUUUAUCGUGAAGUCCCCUUCCCCCCAUCUCUGGCUCCGGUUUCCUCUCUCUGUCGUUCUGUCUGUGUCUCUCUCUCUUUCUGCAUAUGACCCACAUUCGAAGAUGUGAUUCUGCAGCUCCUUCAACGUUCACCUUUGGUUCAUAUUCUCUUCCAUUGGCGAGACCGUGUUUUCUUCUGUUGUUUCAUUCCCAACAAGACUCUUUCAUGGAUCCAUUCCGGGAGAAAGCGGCAGAUAAAUGACAGUGCCGCCUCCAUGGAAGAGUUGGAAACACUGAAAACAGAUACAAUCUGAUAGCAAACAGAUAAGAGAGGCAUGACCCAGCGGCAAACUAGCACCUCAGGUCUUAACAGAAGAGCAUCUGUCUCCACAAUGUACAUUAACUAACCUCUCAUUCAAAUGUCCGCGUCUUCAACCACAAUGAAAUGCUACAACAAGAGGCAUAAGCGACCCAAGACGCGUUCUAGUGGCGGCAGGCCACCCAAGUCUCUAAACAGGCCCAGCCAUGAGACGCCGACCGUCGUCAUAGGUGAUGAUGAGCAGUUGCAGGAACAGCCACAAAAACCUAAAACAGGAGCCUCUGUUUUCUGGACUAAAUGUGAUGACUGCAAUGUUGCUUACCUCUACAACAGGACAAUGUUAGGAGAAAGAAUCCACUGCCGCCAUUGCCUUAAGAGUUUCAUUGCUGUUGAGGCCACUUCCCUCAGUCCUCACAUUGAUAAAUACAUAAGAUUGGGAAGCGCAACAUCCCCGCACCACGGAAUCGUGACAGGAAUUGAUUCAGCUUCCUCCCCGCAUCAGCAACGCGACAAACAGGAUCAGAAUUGUAGUACUCAUUCUAUGGCAUUUGUCAAAUUUGAGUCUGUGAACCGGGAGAGGAAGAAAGCAUGCAAUGAAAGAGAACAAGAGAACAUGAACGAAAAAGAUACGGUUGUAGCAGGAGCAGAGUCGCCCAGUACAUCUGUCCCAGUGACAACAAAUUCAUUGGCGGAUUCUGACUUCUCAGGCGAUAAUAGUUUGUUUAGGCAAGGAAUUUGGCUGCUGAUAAGAGGCUUCAAGGACAAGCUCCAGUCUGCUGAUGUGAAACAGCUUGAUGAUCUCUUGCUCUGUGGAGGAAUGAUACUAAGAACCAUAUCUGACCUUGGUCUUCCUGAUCCUGGAAUCGGUGUUUUGCUUGAGAAUUUGAAGCUGCAGGCCGCUGAAAUAAUAAAACAUUGUUCAGAUAUUUCAUGUCUUAAAGAAGUGCAUGUGUCAUGUGCUGACAAAGUAAACAGGAGUUGCUUGCAAUUAUCUGACAUGCAAGUCUCAAUGGCAUCCCUCGGUGAGCAAGUGGUUGGUCUCACUGAGUCAAUAAGCAGAACACGGAAAUCUUGGUUUGAACUAAUAGCAAAAGAGGAGGCUAUACGGAAAACGAGAAUUAAAGUGGACGGGGACUUGGCUUGCAAGGAGAAGCAGUUAUUGGCUUGUCAAAAAUCAAUUGCGGAGGCAACAGAUGCUUGGAAAGAAAUGGAGGAGAGACACAGCAAGACGAAGGAACUGAUGGCAAAGGCGCAGAAGGACCUGCAAAGUGCUAUUGAAAUGUUGACAGAGAGUGAAGCAAAAUGGAAGCGCCUCUGUGAGGAAGCAGUCAAGGAGGAGGCUUUGCUUGUUUAAAUUUGAGUUGGUUGGCAAUGGAGUUUCCCUGGCGGACGACCAGGUUGAUGGCCUUUUGCAAACAAAACGGCCCACAAAAAUUCAUUUUCCAGCAUGCAGCCCAUUUACUGAUUUACGGGUACUUGUUUUUUUGCUAAAAAACACAUCCAAUAAAAAUAUUCAUUUAGAUAGAAAGGUUUUCUUCUUUUGUAAUCUCUCUCAUAAGUUCAGAAUUUCUAGGACCAGGAAUCCCUUGGCAAAAAAAUCAUCACUUGUUUUUAACAGUUUUCAAUGACUCUGAUAUUAGCUUGUCGAGCCAAUUCUUGUAGGUAAAAUGAAGUCUUUGCUUCGUCAAUUUGUUGAAAUAGAUGGUUAUGUUAACGAUAAGGUUGAAAGACAACCAUUUCAGGGAGAUUCAAGGAAAGAAUCCCAGCAAGAUUAAUCAAAAUUAAUGAUAAAGGAAAAUAAAAUCUUUCCACAAAGUCAGAUUUAGUUUCUUAUAUUUGUAGUUGCCAAGAUUAUGAGAACUUCACCUAUUUAAGUUCUUUCUAUACUUUGUGUAACCAAGGCUCAUGAUAGUCUUUUAUGAUAAGGACCCAUGUUUAAUGAAAAUAAGUUUUUCAUUGUUUGUUCUUAUUUGUUCUACUUCUUUUAUAGCCUGCAGACAACCAAAUUGUUAUGCUCUAUUUUAGUCUUAUUUCAUUUUUGCAUUCCUUACUUUUGAGUUUAUUAGAGUUUAGUACGUUUAUUAGUUUGGAUCGGGACCUUAGUGAGGACCUAGACCCGCUUUCCUUAAGAUGUAAGCUUUUAUUGGGUGUGUCUAACCCUAAUGAAAUUACGUUGGAUUGUUCUCUCUUUUUCUCUCUCUCUCUCUCUCGUCUCCCUUUCCUUCUUGCCGCCAGUCCUUGAUAGCCGUAGAGGCUAUCAACUGAUAUCAAAGCCAUGACAAAUCCCACUGCUGCCGACGUGGCUCUCGCUGCCAUUGAAGCCCAUCGUGACGAAAUAAACUAUCAUUGAAGUCAACCGACGCCUCCAAACGAUCAAGCGAUCACACGCCGACAUCGAGGCCUGAUUGCAUAGUGCCAUCCAAGCCGCUGUCGAUUCCGGCCUCCAUGACGCCUUCCAACCACACCGCAGCCCUGUCGGUCCCCCUGCGUUGUUGCCGCUGCCAUUGUCUCUCCUAACUGUUGGCGAUUUGCUUCUUGGUAUGCCCAGGGUGGUCCACAGCACACCAUCAGGCGCAGGUGCACACGUUCACCCACGAACCAGCAACAUGAUGGGAGCCGUUCUGCCCACCCUACAACCGCCUGCCAAUCGUGGGUUUGGCGUCUCCUUCGACGCUACCCAGGCUGGUCCCGGACCAACUUUUGGUGGCGGUUUUCCUGUCAAACAUGCAUUUGGCGCCCACUGGGGGCAGUUCAGCCUCGCCGCCGCCUACUUUCC